UGGUUAUACAUCUUGCACAAGCACAACUGCUUCUUGCCCAACACUCAUAUUACUCUCUACAAGAGUUUUUCAAAUGCAUAAUCCAAGAUGCAAAUUCCUAAUUAUUUUCGUUCAACUUGUUUCCAUCAUUAGCUUUUGCCACUAUGUAAUUCGAAUAAGAGGUGAAGAUAAUAACACUAGUGCUGUAAAGGUGGAUGUGGGCAUAAUUCUUGAUCUGGAAACAGAUGUGGGAAAAGUAAUGCACAUAGCUAUCUUACUAGCUCUUGCGGAUUAUCAUGCCAACACUAGUCGCGGUGCCAUAAGGAUAGUUCCUCAUAUCAGGGAUUCAAAGAAAGAUGAUAUUGAAGCAGCAUCAGCUGCCAUAUGCUUGCUAAAGGAUGUCCAAGUGCAAGCUAUCUUUGGGCCACAAAUGUCUACACAAACUGAUUUUGUGAUUGACUUGGGGAACAGAGUUAGAGUUCCUAUAAUAUCUCCAGCAACUAGUCCUUCACUUUCAGUCAAGGAAAAUCCCUUCUUCAUCAGAGGAGCACUUCCUUCUUCCAGCCAGACUAGAGCCAUUGCAGCAAUUGUUAAAAACUAUAAUUGGAGGGAGGUUGUAGUAAUCUAUGAGGAAAGCCCCUAUGGAACCGGGAUACUUCCAUAUUUGACUGAUGCCUUGCUGGAAAUCAAUACUUUAGUCUCCUAUAGAAGUGGUAUUUCUCCUUCAGCCAAUGAUGAUCAAAUCCUCAGGGAACUAUACAAGUUGAAGACAAUGCAGACCAGGGUGUUCAUUGUGCACUUGCAAGAACAUCUUGCCUCCCGCCUUUUCCUCAAGGCCAAAGAAACUGGGAUGAUGAACAGUGGAUAUGCAUGGAUCAUCACAGAUGUGCUAACGAGUCUUCUGGACCUGGUAGAUACUUCAGUAAUUGAGUCAUCAAUGCAAGGUGUUCUGGGUGUAAAAUCUUAUGUUCCAAGAUCAAAUGAGCUUGACAUGUUCACCAAGAGAUGGAGAAAGAGAUUUCGUCAAGAGUAUCCAGACAUGGACCAAGUAGAACUCAAUGUUUUCGGGCUAUGGGCAUAUGAUAGCAUCACCUUAUUAGCAGAAGCAGUAGAGAAAGUGGGCACUACUGCUAUCCCGAAAUUAAAGAAACCAGACACUAGAGAGAACUUAACAGACCUAGAUGCACUUGGAACCUCAGAAGUGGGAUCUCUGCUCAUUGACUCUAUGCAAAACACAGAGCUAAAACCAGGACUAAGUGGUGAUUUCCGUAUCGUUGAUAGAGAACUGCAGCCGUCCCCAUAUCAGAUUGUGAAUAUAAUCGGGAAAGGAGAGAAAAUCGUUGGAUUCUGGACAGAGAAGGAUGGCAUUUUGCAUAAACUGAAGAUGAAUGGUAAAACAGCUAAAACUAAUAAUAAGCAACUAGGGGUCAUCAUUUGGCCUGGUGAAUCUACUAUUGUUCCGAGAGGCUGGGAAAUACCCACAAGUGGGAAGAAGUUAAGGGUUGGAGUUCCUGACGGGCUGGACCAAUUCAUUAAAGUGGAAAGAGAUCCAACAACACAAGAAGUAAAGGCAACUGGUUUUGUUCCAGAUGUCUUCAAAGAAGUCAUCAUAUCUUUGCCAUAUGCUGUCCCCUACGAAUUUAUUCCAUUUCCAAUAGCACAUAGCCCUACUUCUAAAAACUAUGAUGAUCUUGUUCACAAGAUCACUUCUAAGGAAUAUGAUGCAGUUGUAGGUGAUGUUACCAUUUUAGCAAGCCGAUCUGAGUAUGUAGAUUUCACAUUACCUUAUUCAGAGUCGAGUAUUUCUGCAGUUGUGCCUUUAAGGAAUGAUGAUAGGAAGAAUGCUUGGAUCUUCUUGAAACCUUUAAAGGCCGAGCUGUGGAUAGCAACCGGAGCAUUCUUCGUCUUCAUUGGUUUUGUGGUUUGGGUACUCGAACAUAGUGUAAACGAAGAUUUUCGAGGACCCAAACGCAAGCAAGUUGGGAUGAUAUUUUGGUUUUCCUUCUCAACUCUCGUUUUUGCUCAUAAAGAGAAGAUAACAAGUAACUUAUCAAGAUUUGUGCUGACUGUGUGGGUUUUCGUGGUUCUGGUGCUGACAUCAAGCUAUACAGCCAGCUUAACAUCUAUGCUAACAGUGCAACAGCUUCAACCUACUAUAACAGACCUCAAUGAUCUCAUCAAGAAUGGAGAAUAUGUAGGGUACAAAAAAGGUUCCUUUGUCAAAGACGUUUUGACACGCAUGAAAUUUGACAGCUCCAAAUUUAGGAGUUAUAGCACAUUGGAAGAGUAUAAUGAUGCACUCUCAAGAGGUAGUAAAAAUGGAGGUGUUGGUGCAAUUGUUGAUGAACUACCUUAUCUCAGACUCUUGCUGAACAAAUACUGCAGGAAGUAUAUUAUGGUUGGUCCGACAUACAAGGCUGCCGGCUUUGGAUUUGCAUUUCCAAAAGGAUCUCCUUUGGUACCUGACGUCUCAAGAGCAGUCUUGCAGGUGAUGGAAGGAGAGUUUAUGAAUAACAUAAUACAGAAAUGGUUUGGGAAUGAAACAGAUUGUCCAAAGCAAGAUGGAAUGGCUAUAGCAUCUAGCCUCACACUAGAUAGUUUUAUGGGCCUUUUCCUCAUAGCUGGUGUAUCAGCGGGCUCCGCUCUUCUCCUAUUCUUCCUCAUCUUCCUUUAUCAGAAUAGAGAAAUCUUAGCCACUGAUGAUUCAGUAUGGCAAAAGCUUUCUGCAAUAGCAAAUGCCUUUGAUAAAGAGAAAGACAACUCUAAUUCUAUGUCAGAAGAGCCAUCUGAAGGCAAUGAAAUCCAAACAGCUAUGCUGUUUGCAGAAAGUGAAGCUUCUGCUGAAAUAUUGCCCCACCUUCCUUUGCAAAGCCCAGAAAUCAGAAUUUCCGACGGCUUAGGAGCAUCCCCUGCACUUGAAGGGUUCUCUACAACAGAACCUGGAACUCCAGUUCAUGAAAACAUUACAGGGACAACUUAAGAGAGAUAAGCCAGGUUUAAAAUAGUUAAACCAUAUUAUAUUUGCAUUAAGAGGCGUCUCUAGUAUAUAGAAUUUAUGGGUUUAACCUUCAACAUCUUACAAUUGAAUUCCUUGCACUUUUGUAAUAUGCAUUCAUUAUUAAAUAUUUAUUGAAUUACU